AUGGCCGAGUUCAACGACAUCAUAACCGAGCAGAUGAAACGCCUCGCAUGGAUCUGUGGCCUUACCCCUCCAGAAGGCGCCGACAUAUGUGUACUUGCUCUACACAAGAUGCUCACAGCCGUCGAAAUUCUUCCGCUUUGUCCGCGGACGUCACUUUGUGCUGGAGACGUAUCGCAAGCCACUUAUCUUUACCCUCGAAACUGCGCAGAAGAUCUCAGUCUACAGUGCCAACCGUCUUCAACGAUACGCUACUCAAUCACAACUUCACUGUUCGAGUACGUCAACAACAAGGGAAUGAUUCUGCAGAAGUGGAUGCAUUAUCACAAUUCAUUCUCAUCACAACCGUUGGAGAAAGAUGACUAUGUAAUUGCUAACGUCGAUGCCGAGCUCAACGCCGAUUUCGCCGACAAAUGCAACCAUCUUUCUGUCUCCUCCGAAACCUUCCGGACAGCCACAACCGUCUUCUCCAGCAAGUGA